AUGUACAAAACCCAUUUUAUUGUUUUCUUGACAGCUGCAAAUGGCGUUAGACACCAUGAUUCCAAUGGAACACGUCACGAAGUGCAUGUAAGAACAGGAGGAAUUUUGAGUGCCGGAGCUAUUGGGAGUCCACAACUUUUGCUACUAAGUGGAUUAGGGCCAAAUUCAUCCCUCUUGUCUCUAAAUAUUCUAGUUGUUGGUGACCAUCCGUUUGUCAGACAAUUUAUGGCUGAUAAUCCACGUAAUAGCAUUAAUCUUUUGGUACCAGUUAGAUUAACUGAUGUAGGAGUUCGUGUUGCCGGGAUCACAAACAGUGGCCCAUAUGUGGAGUCUCUCACAAUUUCCCGAGUUGCAUCUAUCAUACCUUUCAUUCCUAACAUAAACUUGAUUCCACCAGCAAACUCAAUUGGCCCAAGAGUUCAGUUUAAUUAUUACUCUAACACUGAAGACUUACUCCAAUGCCGCAAUAUUGUUGAUGUAUUUAGGAACGUUUUGGAAACUCAAGCUGUAGAAGAAUAUAAGUUUCCCAGCAUCAUUGGUCUUAGGCACUUCAGUUAUAUUGGUCCAUCCAUACCCACGGAUCCCUCUGAUGAAGAGUCCAUUGCGACUUUCUGUCGUAAAACGUUGGCUACAUUUUGGCAUCACCAUGGCGGAUGCUUAGUGAACAUGGUGGUUGAUAGCCAUUUAUAA